AUGGGACGAAUGCAGCACAUUGCAUUGACUGAAUCUUGGAAGAGGAUUGACGACUUUCGGAGGAUAGUGGCACGGGCGGAGUCUCACAAGACUUUCGCUGUGUGGAAGCAGUUCCUUCUCCACGACUACCCUGCGUACAUCGCCUUCCGAACUGCCCUGCGUACGGGGAACUUCAGGCUAAGGCUUGUAGGCCUUCGCCGUAUCACCUCCAUUUUCAUCACCGGCAAAGACAAGUACCAGUUCCUCGUGGUAGAUAAUCUGACGGAGGUGUCGCGUUAUUCGCGCAAUGAUAUGAGCGUCGUAUCCAAGCGAUUCUCCAUCUCACUCGGCUCUCACACGUUUGCACGAAUCGGCUUGGACGAGCGGCAGGAGGUGUCCAAUCGUCUAUACAAGACAUUGACGAAAAGGAUCCUUUCGAGCACGAUAGAAAAGCUGGCACCGAUUGCCCAGCUGCGUGAAGUCGCCAUCUUCGACUCGAAUCGCAUUUCAUCGAGAAACCACGCUCGGAGAGGGACCUUUGCAGAUUGUUGGCGGUGA